GGCGCGGGCUGUUCUUGCCUCUGCCCGAAGGACCUCAGCGGCCGCCCAUGCCGAGCUGAGUCCGCGAAGCCCCGACCGCUUCCAGUCGCCGUCAGCCCCCGCCUCUGCGGCCUGCCGCCCGCCGGGAUGCUGGAGGAAGCGGGCGAGGUGCUGGAGAACGUGCUGAAGGCGUCGUGCCUGCCGCUCGGCUUCAUCGUCUUCCUGCCCGCCGUGCUGCUGCUCGUGGCGCCGCCGCUGCCCGCCGCCGACGCCGCGCACGAGUUCACCGUGUACCGCAUGCAGCAGUAUGACCUGCAGGGCCAGCCGUACGGCACUCGGAAUGCAGUGCUCAAUACAGAGGCACGCACAGUGGACGCGGAUGUGCUGAGCCGACGCUGUGUGCUUAUGCGGCUUCUGGACUUUUCCUAUGAGCACUACCAGAAGGCCUUGCGACAGUCAGCUGGUGCUGUGGUCAUCAUCCUGCCCCGAGCCAUGGCUGCGGUGCCCCAGGAUGUUGUCCGGCAAUUCAUGGAGAUUGAGCCUGAGAUGCUGGCUAUGGAGACCGUGGUCCCUGUGUACUUUGCUGUGGAGGAUGAGGCUCUGCUGUCCAUCUAUGAGCAGACCCAGGCUGCCUCUGCCUCCCAGGGCUCUGCCUCUGCUGCUGAAGUGCUGCUGCACACGGCCACAGCCAAUGGUUUCCAAAUGGUAACCAGCGGAGCCCAGAGCCAGGCGGUGAGCGACUGGUUGAUCACCAGCGUAGAGGGACGGCUGACAGGGCUGGGGGGUGAGGACCUCCCCACCAUUGUCAUUGUCGCUCACUACGAUGCCUUUGGGGUGGCCCCGUGGCUGUCCCUGGGUGCCGACUCUAACGGCAGUGGCAUCUCAGUGCUGCUGGAGCUGGCUCGCCUGUUCUCUCGACUCUACACGUACAAGCGUACACACGCAGCGUACAACCUCCUGUUCUUCGCAUCGGGAGGGGGCAAGUUCAACUACCAGGGCACCAAGCGCUGGCUGGAGGACAGCUUGGACCAUACAGACUCAAGCCUGCUGCAGGAUAACGUGGCCUUUGUGCUGUGCCUGGACACCGUGGGCCGAGGCAGCCACCUGCGCCUCCAUGUGUCGAAGCCUCCUCGGGAGGGGACGCUGCAGCAUGCCUUCCUGCGUGAGCUGGAGACGGUGGCUGCACACCAGUUCCCUGACGUCAGCUUCUCCAUGGUGCACAAGAAGAUCAACCUGGCGGACGAUGUGCUGGCCUGGGAGCACGAGCGCUUCGCCAUCCGCAGGCUGCCUGCCUUCACACUGUCGCACCUGGAGAGCCACCGUGCGGGACCGCGCAGCAGCAUCAUGGACGUGCGGUCCCGGGUGGAUUCUAAGACCCUGACACGGAACACAAGGAUCAUUGCCGAGGCCCUAACUCGCGUCAUCUAUAACCUGACAGAGAAGGGGACGCCCCCGGACAUGCCAGUGUUCACAGAGCAGAUGCAGGUCCAGCAGGAGCAGCUAGACUCAGUUAUGGACUGGCUCACCAACCAACCUCGGGCUGCUCAGCUGCUGGACAAGGACGGGACAUUCCUGAGUACGCUGGAGCACUUUCUGAGCCGCUACCUGAAGGACGUCCGACAGCACCAUGUAAAGGCUGACAAGCGGGACCCCGAGUUUGUCUUCUAUGACCAGCUAAAGCAGGUGAUGAAUGCAUACAGGGUCAAGCCAGCCAUCUUUGACCUGCUGCUAGCCGUGUGCAUUGGGGCAUACCUCGGCUUGGCGUACACAGCCGUCCAGCACUUCCAUGUGCUGUACAAGACUGUGCAGAGGCUGCUGCUCAAGGCCAAGGCCCAGUGACAACAGCUGUGCAAAGGUGGCCCAGGAGGGACCGGCCCACACACCCAUGCCGCCAGACUGAAGCAGAGGGUUUCGGUCAGUCACUAGGACACAGGGACCUGCCUCUUCCUGUCCAUUUCCUUGAACUUCCUGGAGGAGAGCCCCGCCCAUCUGCAGAUGAAUCCACUGGGACAGAACAGUCACCCGGGCCACACGCACUGAAGGCCCACAUGCCAUGCUGGCCUCUCCAGUGGCCCGGUCGCUGCAGCCUGUGCCUCCACAGCUCCUCAGAGGCUUCUACCACCAGGCUGCCUCUCCUGGCACCGGCCAGCACUCAACUAUAGCCCCCUGUUGUUCCAGGCCCUCCUCCCCUCUGGCAAAUGUCCCUUCCACCCAAGUCCAGGUGCUGGUGACAGGCAGGAGGUGGCUGGAGUGGCAGCCUGCAGCCCUGAGGUCUUCCCUCCUUCCUUCUCCCCCUUUCCCCCCCCCUCCCCUCCUCUCCCUGCUUAGUUUCCCUGCCUGUGAUGCGUUCUGGAAAGGCAGCUCCUCUGUCACAGUGGCAUGAAGCAGCCAGUCCCAGGACAGCCCUGUGGUACGAGCCAAGGGAGGGAAAGGGAAGGGAUGUCAGCCCUGGCAGUCCACCUCAGGGACCCCACGGUGAAUCCAUUCGAUUCCAUAGCAAUAUGACCCAGGAGGUGUCAGGCCAGGAGGGCAGCUGGGGCCAGCCUCUGGCGUCCCUUAAGCGCCUGCUGAGCCUGGCUUGCCCUGACUCACUGUGCUGCCUCUGCCUUGCAGCAGCAAUGGCUGUCACCCUUGGUGGCACUUGUGUCAUGGGGUGAGGGGGGCUGGCCUGCUGCCCUGGCACUCUCACCCCCAUGGACUGCUGGGGUCCAGCCCCCCUCUACUCUCAUCCUGGCAGCUGGUUACAGGUCUAAGACCACUGCCACCCCAUCACUGGGAAAGACGCACACAGGGCGUGUGCUGCCCCCCUGUAUCCAGACAGGUCUGGGGACGGUGGCUGGGGGUCUACAGUUGGCAGGUUAGAAAAUAAAAGCCAUAUUGAAGGACUGUG